AUGUCCGACCAAACCGACGAUUGUAGCUAUGCUGGCUACAAUCCUGCCUGCAAUUCUCGAUCACCUAGCUACACUCCAAACGCCCCCGGUCUUGAAGCUCAGCCAGGCAAUCCAUGGGAGGGGCACGAACACUUCGAGGGCGCGGCGCUCACUUCACCCAACAUUACACUCGAAGUUGGCCCAAUACCCGUUCUCUUCACGGCACACAAGGCAGUCUUGACUCGAUGCAAAUAUUUCGUCAAGUGCCUGGAGCCUGGAAAAUUCGAGGAAGGCGUCAGCAACAGAAUCCGAUUGCCCGACGAAUGUCCCAAAGACAUUGAGAAGAUGCUUGGAUUCCUCUACACUGGAAAGCUGUUUCGCGGCGACUCCAGUGACUCGGCCACAGUGCAUGAAGAUAUCUUAUGGGGACCAGUAGGAGAUUGGAUCUCGUACCUCAUUCAGUACUUCUUCAUUGCCGACAGGUUUUGCGUCGAUGACAUGUGCGAUCAAGUCAUAGAGGUUGUCCAGACUUCCAUACCCGCUCGAGCGUUUCGUUGGCGUCACCUUGAAAAGCUCAACGAAGCAGGCUUGAGGGGUUCCAAUUUGUGGCAAGCUGUCCUGAAGAUAAUAGCCCAGGGCGUUGAGGGAGCGGAGCGUCAGGUCGACCUGGACAAGCUGAUGAAUGAUGGCCUUGCUUCCAAUCCCGAGAUUUGUUCGGACUUGCUGAGGGAGAUCGCCAAUCUCGUCAAACAGAACCCAAGCAUUUCUUGUUGUAAACACAGUGGGGGAUGGGACGGUUGGGGAUGUAAUGCCCACAAAAGCCAAUCAGACAACUACCGGCCUUACCCAACGGGAGUGGAGUUGUGA